AGAGUUCAGAGGUAUGACCCGGUAUCAGAUGUCAGACCCCCCCCUUCCCCAGCCCGGAAUGGUAGUGUCGGACUCGCGAAUAGUCACGCGGGGGGAGACUCUGAAGCUAGACAGUACCAUGGAAUAGGGAGGAACUUUUGACAGGCCUGCUCGCUGCUCAUUUGUUGGAGGAAGGCCCAGACAUCUCACAUCAUACCUUAAAAAUGCUACCAAAAUCUGAUAUUUUAAUGUCUCCCUCCCUCUUCACUCCAAAGUUUCUCUGAGCUUCCACACAUUUCCCAUUUAUUAUUAUGGUGUUAUAGGUGUGUAAGGCACUGUACAAGUAAAGUAUAUAACAAGGUGCCUGCCCCAAGAAAAUUACAGUUAAAAUUAUAAAAGUAAAAUAAAUAAAUACAGCAUAUAUAUAAGGGAGAAAACAAAUGGUCACAAAACAAGUGUCAUCUGGAAACAUCUGAGCUUGCUGAAUCCUUGUUUAUGCCUUAAAACAUAGCCUGGCUGUUUGUUUCCAUUGUUAUGGGGAGAAUCAUCCUCAGAUGACCUUCUCCCACUCAUCUGAGCCCCACAGAUGUCCUGACCUUUCCACAUGAGGUGCAGUGUCCUUACUGCCUGUGGCAAUGAAGAAUUAUCAAGAGGGACCUCGGUAUGAACCCACGCAAAGCAAAAUCCAAUAAGGAAUUAGUUUAUAUUUUGCACUGGAAACAUGGCAGCCUUAAAUAAUACUUCACCAAUUAUCCGAUUCCAAGAAUUUGUGGGGGUAUUGCCCAUGCAACAAGCAAAGGAGACUGAGAAGUUGAACAUGCAGCAGAGCGUAAACAAGAAACCUUUAUUGUGCCCAAUUGGCAGUAUGCAGAAAGUGAACCAGAAAAUUGCACAUUUGCGACUGGAGUUGGAAAAAUUCCACACUGGUGACCUGGUGAUUGAGGACUUGGAAUCAUUAAAGAGAUACUCUGGACAGAAGAGCUUCAGAAGAGAGAAAAAGCACUUCAAGACAUCCAGGGAAAGAGACAGAGAUAGGAAGGAGAUAUGCCGCUUUGCACAGAAGUAUGAGCAUCCUAUGAAUGUGUCAGACUUUGACUCACUAGAUCAGACCAAGAUCACCUACAAGAAGCCUCAGAAUACAUCAGAAAAGAACAAGCUGGUGGAACUGUAUCAAUACCCAGGGUACAACAUGCAUGAGCCAACACCGCUGCCUAAUGGGACGGAGCUGACUGAUGUCAUAGAGAAGGUGGUGUGUGCCCAGAGAAAGUCAGCAAGUGGGAAGACACCUUUUCCUUCAAAAAUGCUGCAGAAGUUUCUCACAGCUCCAGUCUCCCAUGCUAUCCUGUUGGACAGCUUCUGGUGGUUUUUUCUCCACUUAUAUCAGCCAAAUAGAGAGAUUCAGGGACGACUGUUUGAUCGCAUUGCAAAGAAUUAUGCCACCCUCCUGUUUGACUGUCACAAGUUCCACUACCAGAAUGCUCUUAUUAAAGUUUUCCCUUCAUUGCUGAGCCAAACUUUGUACACCUGCUUCUGCUCCAGUUUUCCAAGAUCCUGGUUCAAUACACAUGAGUUCAAGUCCCAGCUCUGCAAUGUGCUGUCAGAGUGGAUGGCAGGGACACUGCCUGUCCCAGGGAGCUACAGUAGCUGGGACUACUCCCACCUGGAACCAGAGAGAUUUAGGAGGGAAGACUUGCUGUCAACAAAGGGAAAGCAGAGGACAGAAUCCUCUGUCCCCUUUGCUUCCUCAAAGGCUUCUGGCAACCCAGAAAAGACUCCUCAGCCAUCCAUUCAACCAUACAAGAAACGCAUGUCUUUGGGCCAAACUGUCAACAAGCACCAACCUGAUCAAACAAGCCUGGACCUCGGCUCCAAGGAAGUUGUACAUGCAUCUAUGUCCUUUAAAGGCAUCAACCCUCAUACCAUGCCACAUGAUUUGCAGCCUGAAAAGGAUGACCUGAAAAGUGUUUGGAAGCAGCCCCAACACACAUUUGAAACAAGGCGGCUAAAGAUCGCCCCACUCCAUAGAGAGUCACACCCAGCUUGUCAGGGCCCUGACUUCACUUGGCAUCUCUUUAACAUCAAUGGACACAGCCCACUAAUUCAGCACUUCCUCCAGAGCUAUAAUGUUGAACCACAGUCUGGACAAGACAUCUUGAUUCACAGGAGGGAGAUCUGCAAGCCUAUACCUACGGAGUCCACUCCAACCUAUGCAGAUGUGAUCCGACAAGGUUUUAAUCAUAUUCGCCAUCUGGAUGAUGCCUUCAAAACAGUGCACCAGAGACACUGCAGAGAAAUGAAGGAUUUUGACCAGCAUCAGUGGAAGGAGAAGCAAGAAUUCCUCAGAAAAGAGAAACAAUUGCUGUCAGAGAAAGGAGAGAAGCUGAACCAAUUACUGACCCCUCACCUGGAUGUACUCUGUAGUUCUGACAAGAGUUCAAGUCUGUCAUAGAAGUGUCUUCAUCCAGAAACAGCACCCUGAGCAAACCAGAAUUCAUGACUUCUCCAACAUAAAUGUCCAUUCAGAUCUUCAUAUGCAUCUUAAGAGUAUAUUUUGGGCAGCCCACCCCAAAGCUUUCUCCACCAAUUAGGAACAGACAAACCUGAAAAAAAUGUGAAGAUUCAGUUCACAGAAGUGCUCUGAGUUUAAAAGUUUGACCUCACUGAUCUGUAAAACUGGGCUAGAAAAAUCUCACAAGAUUGCAAGAAUGGAAGUAAUAUAUGAGGAUAAAAAGUCACUUGAAUAUGUUUUUAAUAGUUUUCAUAGUUUGGUUCUUUGGCAAAGAUUUGAGUUGUUUUUAUCUGAACUGACUUGGUCCCAAGCUGAAAGGCAGUGUAGUUCAGCCUCAGUGCAUCCCCUUGCCAACAAUAUGUAGUAGUGGAGCUGUGCUGGCCAGCUGCAGACCCUCCCAGACAGGAGGAAAGUUGCGGGAGGCUUGCUGUGCUGGUGAAACCUGCAAUGAAUCCAGCCCUGUAUCUCAGUUUUCCAUGGUAUAAAAUAGGAAUAUUUUAUAUGCCACACAUGGGUGGUGUGAAGCUUAGUUAAGGAUUGUAUAGCACUUUGAAGAUGUGAAGUUUAAGUUCCAUGCAUCAGCAUUAUCAUCUUAGCAGCACUUUGGGCUGAGUGGUAGCCUUUCCAGCUUGGACAAUUCAUCUGCUUCCUGAAAGAGCCUGUCUAUAAACAGGAAAAACAGGCCAAGUUUUUUUAAAAUAGGAGGCUAAAGCUAGGCCUUGUCUACACAGGAAAAUACCAGUUUUACUGGUAUAAUUUAGCUAUUCUAGAAUAAUUCCCCCACAUGGACACACUAUUCCAGAAUAAAAGUGAGCUAUGUGAGUAAAGUAGUUAUUUCAGAAUAACAUCAUUUUUAUUCUGGAAGUGUCCAUAUGGGGAAUAGCUUAUUCAACAAGAGCUCUGUGUAGCAAAAGCCUUAGGCUCCUAAGCCCACAUUCAGGUACCUAAAUACAUGGCUUGAUUUUCAAAAGUGCUGAGCACCCAGACACUCCCACUGAGGAAGAUGAUCACAAUUUGCCUUUCCAUGUUUCAUUUUCUCACAUGGCAAAUAUUAGAAAUGCCUACAUACACUCCUACACCCUUGGGGACUGAGAGUGGUAUUUUCAAAAGUACCUUGAAAGUCAUUGGGAUAUGUGCUCUUUCCACUCAGAUAGUUUCAAAAAUCUCACCACAACUAAAGCCAACAGCUUUGAUAUACAGACAUUCCUUUCCUGUUGUCAAGGACGAUUCCCUACUCUGGCUCUUCAAGUGCAGAAGGUGGGGGCCCAUAAGGAUUCUAAAACUUAAUACUGGCCACUCUUAAACUCCAAAGAUUACAGCUUCUCUCUGACCUUGGAGGGGUAGAUGCUGCUACCACCCAAAUGCAAAAAAAACCCUUUGAACUCAGGAAGGCACACUUGGGAAUUCUUCCCUGUGGGGUACUCUCAAGCCCUCCGUGGAAGAGCUGAGAAAGAAAACAAAGGAGAUCAGCUAUUGCCACCAGCUAAUUAAACAACAUAUGCACAAACCUCUUAGGACACAAAAACCCAAACCUGUUUUUAAAAAGGGUAAACUUUAUUAAAAACAAAAAGAAAGAAAACAUCUGGAACUUACGCUAUUGUUAGAUUUAAAAAGAGGAAAUAUAAUAAUCAAGCAUCAAGAAUGGUUUUCUUGAGGUCCAGCUUAAUGGUUACAGCAAAACAAAAGCAUUUGGGGGUUAGCACAGAGGAGUCCACAAGCCACAAAAAAAUAAACCUAAUUGCAUCUUCCUAGACAUUUCCUGAUCUACUUACAUAUAUGGGGUUUUCAGUAAGUAGUUUCUAGGUAUGAUUGAUGAUUUUUCAUACUUGGCUCAAAGCUUUUUACAGCAUAGUCCCAACUCUGGCCCUGCUUUGUCUCCUCUCUCUGGGGAACAACAGACAGACAAAGUGGAAGU